UCGUCCAAUGCGCACCUGUAUCGCGCUCCGUAUUUUGGUUUUUCUUUUUAAAAAAAUCGGAUAGAAAAACAUUGUUAAGUGCAACAAGUAGUUUGAAUUAUUAUUAAAAAAGUAAGGACAAAUCAAGUGUCACCAAAUCUAGUGUAAAGCAAAAAAUGUGAAAUCUUUCCAAAAAAAAAAAAAAGAAAUAAAAAACCACCAACAAAAAAGAAAAGAAACGAUUUAUAUGUGUGGUAUAUUUAACUGAGGAAGAAAAGAUAGUGAGUUUUUCUGUGAAUUAAAAAAAAAUACAUAAAAAGAGUGUGCACUAUCAUAUCGUGACUUACGCCGGGAAUUACAGAAAAGUUUGUGAUAACAUUUUGUGACAAGAUAACUACCGUGCAUAUGAAUAAAGUGCUUACAAAUAAACAAAAGGCUUUUGUGCCACAUAUUCAAAUGGAUUACAUGACACCAGCUUGAAAGUUGGGUUUCACCAAGCUACCAAGUCUCAUAUUGGAUUUCACGCAAUUUUCACGGACGUUUACUAAGCAAAACAGAAAAUGCCUUCAGAAGAGCGUCCAUUAUCAUUGGUUCGAUCUCGUAUCGACCAAUUUCUUCAUUCAUCCACAUCUUCAGCCAUUCGGAAUUCAUCCAGUAGUCGUUCAUCGUCUGCAACUGGCUAUGACGCUCAGUUUGCAUACCAACAACAUUUAUCCAGUGGAAUUAUGAAUCAGUCGGUGCGUCCGCAUCGCGAAUCAUCGGCAUUUGUUCCUGUUCUUCCAUCGCGAAGCGUAUCGUUAUAUCCGCCGGGAAUGCUGGAACAGUCCGAACAACUUGCAAAAGAAAGCAGCAAUCAACGUAAUUCAGCGAGUUACAAUAUUUUAGUGCAGCAAACAACAAUUGCCAUGAUGGCCGAUAAAGCAAAUGCAAUGCUAAUGCAACGGCCAUCAUUAAGUGGUGGAACCGUUCCGCAACAACAUAUCUAUACGAAUGGUUCAUUUUUGGGGACACCAGUUCCAUCACCCGGUGCGGGUGCAUCAUUUACAUUUCCAACAAAUUCCGCAUUAUUUCCACAAAAUGUUGUGCCACCCGGUUUGCAUGGCGGUUUGGACCGUCGUUUGACGAUGCGAGCGCCUGGUCGAGCUUCACGACCAAAAAAGAAGUUUAUAUGCAAAUUUUGUAAUCGAGAAUUCACAAAGUCAUACAAUUUAUUAAUUCACGAACGAACACACACCGACGAGCGACCUUAUUCAUGCGAUAUUUGCAAAAAGGCCUUUCGACGACAGGAUCAUCUUCGGGAUCAUAGGUAUAUUCAUUCGAAAGAGAAGCCAUUCAAGUGUGGUGAAUGUGGUAAAGGAUUUUGCCAAUCGCGAACACUUGCCGUUCAUAAAACGUUGCAUUUGGAAGAGUCGCCGCACAAAUGCCAAGUGUGUCAACGCAGUUUUAAUCAACGUUCAAAUUUAAAAACACAUUUACUUACGCACACCGAUCAUAAACCUUACGAAUGUCGACACUGCGGCAAAGUGUUCAGGAGAAAUUGCGAUCUUCGACGACACGCAUUGACACAUUCGAUUGGUGGUGAUACACAAUCCGAAUUGAAUGAAAGCGGCAAUGAUUCAACAAACGAAAAAGUUAUAAACGACGAUGAUAAUGAAGAGGCCAAUGACGUUGAAGAUGAAUUUGAUGACAUUCAAGUUGAUUCGCCGGUGAAUGAACGCAAUACACCGUCACCUGUAAUUCCGGAUAGCAAUGCUUACGAUGACAAUGAGCCUGUUAAAGGUGAAAAACAUUGUGAAAAUGAAAAUGAUGGUGGACCACCGCCGAAAAUGCCACGACUCGAACAGAAAGAUGACAAUGAAUUCACGGGCAUUACACAUUGCCACCAUAAUGGUGGACAAUCGCAUUACACAAUGAGACCACAACUAAUGUCUUCUGCGAGUUGUUCAACAUCCGAUGGAAAAUUGCAUGUUCGACGAGAUUUGCAUUACAAAGUCGAGGCAUCAACAUCCAUUCAUUCACCGAAUGUGCCGACGGCAAGCACAAGCACUAUUGUUUCGGCUCCGGUUCCAUUCCGAAAACGUUCGGCUGGCAUUGCCUAUGAAAGUGCUGAGAAUGAUCAUCCUUUAGUUUCCAGUUCACAUCUUGUUCCAUUGCAUUCAUCACCGUUGAAUCUUUCAUCGACACGAAAUCAAGAAACUCCAAGUGUUCCACAGCCACCACCACCGCAGCCAGCUCCAGCACCACGUCGAACUGGCUUCAGCAUUGAGGAUAUUAUGCGUAGAUGAAUUAACGAUGACGAAUCAUUAUUAAUUUUAUAAGUACAAAGGCUGCCGUCAAAAUUCCGUACAAAUCAUGUUCAAAAGUGAAAGAACGUUUGUUUCAUUUGGCCAUAAAAUGCAUCGAGACUGAUUACUGCAACAGAAAUGAUGGAAGUUUGCAUAAUAAUACAAAAUAAUUUACUUCAUUAUGAAGCAACGAUAUGUUCACUUGUUCACGUCUCACAGCGAUAUGUCAAUAUGGAAACCGAGUGAUGUCUUCCAAGGGAAAUUCUUCAAAUCGACCGAAAUCAACGAAUUAAUUUGUUCCAAACGGAGAAUCGCGUUCGUAAAUUCAACAGAUUCUCAAAAUGACGAAAUAUCUCUUAAAGUAUAAGAUUAGAUUAGAGGACAUAUCUCGUUCAUUUUUAGCUACUUAUAAGCAAAGAAACUGCGAGAUAUGUCACAUCAUAAGGCUACGAAGUCCACAACUAAAAACAAAUCUUAGCUUAAACAAUAUCUUGUAUUCAUGUUUUGCAUCGAAAGAGUGCCUUUACAUUCCGUAGAUAUUUUGAUCUGAUAAAAAAAAUGUUAUAUGUGUAAUAUUCAAAACGAAAGUCGAAACCGUAUCUACAUGAAUUAUAUAUAUAAAGACGAAACAAUUUUCUAGUAGAAUCUAAGCAAUAUAGCAUAGAAGAAGUGAAUUGAGUUUAUUUCAUUAUAGAAAUUAUACGAGAGUUCAAUAAUAAAAAAUUUUUUAGUAGAAAAACGUACUUCCGCGGCUUAAAGUCAACCGAAAUUGAUCUUCAACUGAAUCAGUUCAGCAAGAUCGCUUGCAAGUGUUUGAAAAAUUCAUUUGGAGAAACAAAAAGAAGCAAAACCGUAUGACUUUUCAAAAUGUAUCUUUUCGAGUUAAAUAAGUGAAUCGCGUCCUUUGCUAUAAAUAAGUAAAUAUGUUAUGAAUAAAUCGUUUCUCAUUCAAUCAUAUGUUCAUAUCAUAAAUUUGGUAAGACAUACUAUGUGAUACGAUAUUCAGUUUGAAAAUUGUCUAUUUGUUAUUAAGAAAAUUUUUAUGAACAAAAAAAAUGUUAUAUUGAUUUGGCAUCCAUCGAACUAUUUAGAAUUCGUAAGAGCUCAAUUCAGAGAAACAAAUAAUUUUUUUCUUUUUUUAUUUUUCAUAGUUUUUAAAUGCAAAAUAAUGUAAGUAGUGAAUAUUGAAUAAACUGUCAUAUUUUGAUCAACGAA